AUAACGUGUCAGUUGUGGAAAUUUCUUGCUUUUUUCGGUAUUACUGUUUUCUCCCUGUUCAGCCUGAGUUGACUUCACUUUAUCUCUCUGCUCACGCUACUCAAGUUUUCACUUGUUCUUUCUGUUACUUCAUUCCGCUUUCCAAACCAGGAUGGAAGCCCUUGCUGUUACAGUCUUGCAAAAGUUGGGCUCUUCAGCUUACAAAGAGCUUUGGAUCGUUUGGAAUCUAAAAAAGGACAUUGAAAAAAUGAAGAACACAGUAUCUAUGAUAAAAUCCGUGCUCCUCGAUGCAGAGAUCAAGGCCAAUAAUCAUCAAGUUCGUAAUUGGUUGGAGGAGCUGAAAGAUGUACUUUAUGAUGCAGAUGAUUUACUUGAUGAUUUUUCCAUUGAAGCUUUGAGAAGAAAAACGAUGUCUGGAAACAAAAAAGUACGAAUUUUCUUCUCUAAAUCAAACAGUAUUGCCUAUGGUCUUAAAUUGGGCCAUCGAAUGAAAGCAAUUCAGAAGAGGCUAGAUGACAUUGCUAAAAAUAAGCAUGCACUGCAACUAACUGACCGCCCUAUGGAGAAUCGAAUUGUAUAUAGGGAGCAGAGACAAACUUACUCUUUUGUGAGUAAAAAUGAAGUUAUUGGAAGAGAAGAUGAAAAGAAACGUAUUAAGCGUUAUCUACUAGAUAUCUAUGCAACCGAUAAUGUUUCUGUAAUUCCCAUAGUCGGGAUUGGAGGAUUAGGUAAGACCGCUCUUGCUCAACUGGUCUACAAUGAUAAUGAUGUUCAUAAGCAUUUUGAGCUAAAAAUGUGGGCGUAUGUUUCUGAUGAAUUCGAUAUAAAGAAAAUAGCUCAGGAGAUCAUUGGAGAGGAAAAGAAUAGUCUGAUGGAGCAAGUGCAACAACAACUUAGAGACAAAAUUCGAGGGAAGAAGUUUUUGCUUGUGUUAGAUGACAUGUGGAACGAGGAUCGUGAACUGUGGCUUAAAUUGAAGAGCUUGUUCACGGAAGGAGGAAAAGGGAGUAUGGUAAUUGUUACAACGCGUAGUCAGACUGUGGCAAAAAUAGCGGGCACACAUCCGCCUCUUUUCUUAGAAGGUCUGGAUUCCCAGAAAUCUAUGGAGCUGUUCUCUCGAGUGGCAUUCGGCGAGUUAAAAGAACAAAAUGAUUUGGAAUUGUUAGGUAUAGGGAGGGACAUUGUUAAAAAAUGUGCUGGCAUCCCUCUUGCUAUCAGGACUAUUGGAAGCCUUUUGUUUUCUCGAAAUUUGGGAAGGAGUGAUUGGCUAUAUUUCAAGGACGUUGAGUUUUCGAAGAUAGAUCAACACAGCGACAAAAUAUUUUCAAUCCUUAAACUGAGUUAUGACCAUCUUCCCUCGUUUCUAAAAAAAUGCUUUGCUUAUUGUUCGUUGUUUCCAAAAGGUUUUGUGUUCGGAAAGAAGACUCUCAUUCAGUUAUGGGUAGCUGAGGGGUUCAUUCAACAAUCGAAUGAUGUUAGAUUUGUAGAAGAUGUUGGUCAUGAGUACUUCAUGAGUUUGCUGUCAAUGUCCUUCUUUCAAGAUGUCAUUAUAGACGAAUGUGGCGGCAUAAGUACUUGUAAAAUGCAUGACCUUAUGCAUGAUCUUGCACGGUUAAUAGCUGGGAAUGAAUAUGUAGUGCUUGAAGGAGAAGAAGCAAAUAUUGUAAACCGAACGCGUUAUUUGUCGUCUCCUACUUCAUUACCGGUUGCACAGACAUCAUCAUCUUCUUACAAGUUAAGAACAUUUCUUUUGCAUCCACAAAUGAAUGCAAGCAAUUAUAUGCGUCAGUCAUAUUUUGUUUCCUUCUUAGGCCUAAAGUUGUUGCGUGUGUUAACACUUUGUGGAUUGAAUAUUGCCGCAAUCCCAAAUAGUAUUGAAGAGAUGAAGCAUUUAAGAUAUAUUGAUCUGUCACAGAAUAAUGUACUUCAAAAUCUUCCGUCGGGCAUUACCAACCUGCAGAACUUGCAAACUCUAAAACUUUCUCAAUGUUCUGAGCUCAAAUUAUUACCAAAAAAUUUCAAUAAAAGUCUCAGGCAUCUUGAGUUGAAUGGUUGUGUGAAAUUGAGAUGUAUGCCACAAGGGAUAGGACAGUUGAAUAAUCUUCAAACACUAACACUUUUUGUUCUGCACAAAACAAGUACAAAUGUAAAUGAGCUCGGCGAGCUAAAUAACCUUCGAGGGAGAUUAGAAAUAAAAUGCUUGGAUUUCCUGAGAAAGAGCGCUGCAGAGAUUGAAUCGGCUAAGGUACUUCUUGAGAAGCGACACCUUCAACAAUUGGAAUUGCGGUGGAGGUAUGAUUAUGAUUUUAAUAUAUCUUCACCACAGACGAUUAGGGACGAAUCAUGGUUGGAAGAUGAGAUGAUUCUAGAAGCCCUGCAGCCACACUGCUCACUUCAAAAACUAGUUAUAGACGGAUUUUGUGGCAAAAGGUUACCAGACUGGAUAUGGUCUCUCUCGUCGCUCAUGGUUCUUGAGUUCCACAACUGCAAUGGUUUGACAUCACUACCCGAAGAAAUGUGUAAUCUUGUUUCUUUACAGAAACUUUGCAUGUAUAACUGCUUACCGUUGGAGGAAAGAUGUGCAAGACCCUAUGGCGAAGACUGGGAAAAAAUAUCUGGCAUCCGUGAAGUUGUGAUCCGUCCUGUGAUACCAUCGCUACUCAAGUAUUUUACAUGAGUCAAAGUCUUUCCGCAAUCAUGUAGUUGGUUCUGAAUCUACUCUUUCAUUUCAAUCAACAUUUUGACAUUGGGAUGAUGGCGCAAAUUUUCAUGAUUGCGGUAACUUUCUCUAGGCCUUCAUGCCUAACUUUUAAAUCUGAUUGUAGCUGAAAUCUUCCUCCACUGAAGCUGUGGCUAUGCUCGAUCGAUUGUGAUCUCUUCUUUCACCUAGAGGUUUUGGUUUUUUUACUGAUUACUCAUUCUAUGUUAUAGUUUGCUUCAUCAUGAUGAAUAUAAUUUGUUGAAUAUGAAAAUCACAAAUGUUAGGCUUCUUGCAAAUGCUUGCUAAUGAUUUCAGUAUUUCACUUUAUGUGUUGUGCUUCUUUUAAUACAUUAGAAAACAUUACAAAUCUAGUUAGGGUGUUCAAUGGAUCAAUCAAUGUGAACACAAUUACUUAAAUAAUGAACCAAUAUAUUAAUCAUUUACCAACACAAUCAAAUUUUUUUUAAUUGAAAAUUUUCUUAAACACUUAUACCAAACACAAUAUUGUGUCCGGAUAAAACUAGAAUAUUACAAAUCACUGCACUAGCAGGAAGCACCUUUAAACAAAAAGCAAAACAUACAUGAUACAAAAGGGAAAAAACACAACUUAACCAUACAUAAGGAAAAAAACAACUUGGCCACACAUGUUACAAAAGGUACAUAUAAAAUAAAACAUUGAUAUUAGAAUUGAGAGUGCUUGAAAUACUAUAAGGAAAGUGU